AUGUCUCUCGACCCAGUCAUGCCGCCGUACAACUCGUCGGACCCGACCGCCACCUUCCUCUCCACAUCGUGCCUCGACUUCCUCCUCAUCGAGCUCGUCCCCCUCGCGUACCGCGUCACGCACGAGUGCGACUUUGCGCGGCCGCCGUCGCCGUCCUCGCAGGGCCUCGUCCCCGACGCCACCGCCGCCUCCACGACUACCGGUGGCGGCGGCGGCGCGGCGGCAACGACAGGAGGUGCAGGUGCUACUGUGGCGGGGGGAGAGUCGGCAUUGACGAACAACGUCAUCGCCACUGCGGCAAACAGCCGCGCCGGCGGCUCGUCGUCCGUCUCCGGGCCGGCGGCGGGUGCCGCCGCGCCCCGCAGGAUAGACGAGGAGGAGGAGCUGGACGCGGUGCACUUCCGGCUCGAGAGCCUGGGGUACCGGGUCGGACAGGGCCUCGUGGAGCGCUUCUCGCGCGACCGCCCGCGGUUCAACGACACGCUCGACGUCAUCAAGUUCCUCUGCAAGGACCUGUGGUCACUCGUGUUCGGCAAGAACAUCGACAACCUCAAGACAAAUCACAGGGGCGUGUACGUCCUCACGGACAAUGUCUUUCGGCCCUUCUCAAGGAUGAGCACCGAGGCCGGUGGGCAGGCUGUCGUGCGAGCACAGCCGUUCCUGUGGUUUCCCUGCGGUAUCGUACGAGGGGCACUGGCGGCCUUGGGCAUCACCGCCACCGUUCAAGCAGAGAUCAACGAGCUCCCGGGUGCUGUGUUUCAGAUUAAGACCCUACCCAACAAAUCAUGA